UAAAACGCUAAACUUAGGUUAUGUUUUUGGAAAUUCGAAAUAUCAAAACAUAAACAAAAUGGAUAUUACAAAAAAACUAUUAUCUCUCCAAGAGAUAUCAAAAGCCCAACUGUCUAAAAUUUUAAAUUUAGUACCAAGCAAAAAGAAUUUAAUACUUGAACCGGACUUAAUAAAACCAUUAGAAAGAGUUUGUGGAGUAAAAUGGUUAAAGGGAAAUGGUGUAGAAAAAAUAUUUAAAUUAGAAUCAACAAGUUUAGAGUCAGAUACUCUCUCUAAUUUUUAUAUGAUAUAUUCCGAUACAAGGGUUUUUAAGAAAGUAGUAGAUCAAAUAAGGUCACAAGUGAAUAUAGAAAAUCCAAUUAAAGACAAAUAUCACAUAAUUGUUGUACCAAGACAUAUAUGUACCUUUGAGAAUGAAUUAGAAGAAUUAGGUCUCUUGUACAGUGUAGUAAGGAUUCAUUCAUUUCAGUGGAUGCCCUUACAUCUUGAUACUGGACUUCUGAGUCUUGAAAUUCCAGAUAUAUACAGCUCUUUAUUUGUUUACCAAAAUUUAACUUACUUACCAACUUUAUCAAAAUGUCUUUGGCAUUUGAGCUUUGUAUUAGGAAAGCCAAGGCUUAUAUUAGCAAUUGGUCAGUGUUCAAAUUCAUUAAUGAAGCAAUAUGAAGAGUAUUGUGAGGUUCGAGGAGAAUCUGACAGGUUGGAGUCUGAUGUUGGUGCUUUAAUUAUAAUGGAUAGAAAUAUUGAUUAUACAAGUGCAUUGUUAACUCCUGGAAACUAUGCGGCAUUACUAUGUGAGGUGUACACAGUGAGUGCCGGAGUGUGUGAAAAAAAGCAAGAAGAAAGCAUAAAGUUUGAUGAAAAAUACAAUCCAUUGAUUGAAAAACAACCUCUUCAUUUUAGUUUGGAUAGUACAAAAGAUAGUAUAUAUUGUGAUAUAAAAAACAGAUAUUUUACAGAAGUAACAUCUGUAUUAAGUAAUUUGACUAAAGAACUCAGGACUGAAAAAAUGAAUUCGAAAGAAAUGGCUUUAGAUGAAAUAAAGCAUUAUGUUCAAACUCAACUUCAGACCACUAAAAUUAAGAAAAAAUGCAUUACAAACCAUCUACUUGCCGCAGAAAGUAUUAUAAACCUUUUAGGUCAUAGAUAUGAAAAUCAAAAAGAAAUAGAGCAAAACAUAGUUAGAAACAACGAAAAAAGUACCAAUUUAAAUUUUCUAGAAGAACUUUUGAACAUCGAAAAUGAUAAAUAUAUAACUCUAAGGCUGUUUUGUUUAUUAACACAUUUCCAAUCAUUAACAGAGAGUGAAAUAAGAUCUUUUUGGUUAAAGUUUUUACAUCAAUUUGGGUUUAAGUAUGGAUUUGCUUUCCAAAAUUUAAUUUCAACAGGAUUUAUACCGGAACCUGUUCAGAAUACCAGCAGUUUAAACUUACAAGCAAAGUUAAAAAUUCCAAAGUUUACUUCAAGCAACAGCCACGUUAAUGCAAAAAAUUUAAAACAAAUACCUGCAGAUCCAUCUAAAGUAAAUCUAAAAUUUCCUACAUGUGCAAGUUAUGUGUUUGGUGGUAAUUACAUACCUUUAAUUACUCAAAUAGCUGGUAUGUUACUUAAUUCAAUCCCCAUAGAAGAAAUCAGAACCAAACUUGAAGCUUUGGGUACAUUAUCGAUAAGAAACGAAAAGGGGUAUCCCCUUCAAAACAGAACUGUAUUGAUAUAUGUCUUAGGCGGCGUUACUUAUGCAGAAAUGGCUGCUUGUAACUUGUUGGAAACCUUAACUGGAGCCCAAAUAAUUAUUUUAAGUGAUAAUGUUAUAACUGGAAAUGAUUUAAUGAAAGGAAUUUUGGACUAUCCCAAGUAAUUAUAAUUGUAUUGAACAAUAAUUCAAUUAUAAGGGAAUACAGUAAAUGUGGAAAAUAGUUUGGCCUAUGAAGAACUAAAAAUAAAAAUGGCGUAGAGAAUGGGUUGGAAGUCAGCUAAAUCAGCGCUAAAAAAACACCAGCAAUCAACCUUUUUGAUCUGCCCAUAGACAAAAAUGUUUUUUACUUGGAAUUUUAUUUAAAAGUUUAAUCAUGUUAUUUUUGUUCCUUUUGAUUUGGAAAUUAAAAUGUAUUGCAAAUUUUUGGACAUAUGUACAUUUACCUUGUAAUUUUAAUUUUAAAAUAAUUGUUUAAAGCUAAAUGACGAGAGAAUUUGUUUACCAAUGGAGUAUCAAGUACAUGUCACUUGGGAGGUGUUUAUAUCAUAACCACAGAAGAAAGAACAAUACUUUAUCCUGUGUCAUAACUUAUUAAGAAAACUAUAACUACCUAUUUAUUGAAGUAGGAAGCAGCUUCUUUCUUUCCUUCAAAGGAAGCGAAUACAGGUAGCUUCUUUCUUUCAAUUUAAAUCAAUAAAAAAUUGACAACACAGUUUUUGCACGGCAGACUUGUGUCGAUGUGCCAGAAAAUCGAGGUUGGUGUUUAGGUUAGUGGAGCUAAAAUUAUAUGAAGACUGUUGUUGUGGCAUCAGAUAGAAGGUUCUAUAUUUUCCGAAGAUUGUGGUAACUAAAGUUCACGAGGCUAAACUAUCUAAUAUUACAUUACGAUUGAGAUUAAAUCUUGUGUUGGUACCAGCCAAAUAAAAUCAUAUAUGUUAUUGGAAAUUUCACAACAGUAAAUUUUUGUGUAAAUGUCAUUUACAAUAAUUACUUAAAUAAACAAAUUCAUUUAUAUAUAUGUUGAAUCUUAUUUUUAAAGGUUACAAUAAUUCUCUUUUUACUUAAAUUAUAUAUAAGUUUGAAU